AGUUCACUGGCCAAUCAGAGAGGCGGAUGGUUGACGUCACCUCCCGUUUUCCGCCCGCCGGACUACACGUCCCAACAUCCUGCGCGCUUUGGUGCAACGUCACUUUCCUGCGUCUCCACUCCCGGGAAUCGAGCGGCAGGAGCACGUGACGUCAUGUUGACUAACGCUGAGACCGACAUCUCGCGCUCCCUGGAGCUUCUCCAUAUGACAGUUUUCAGCCAGUGCUUCUCCCCGUGUGGGAAAUUCUUAGUGGCUGGAAACAACUUGGGUCAGAUUGGAGUUUUCAGUCUUUCUGCCGCUUUGAGUUCAGAGGCCAAAGAGCUGAGCAAACAGCCGGUUGCAGUGUUCCAAGCACAUUUGGGGCCCAUUUACAGCCUAACCUCCACCGAGCGUCACCUGAUCAGCUCAGGAGGAAAUGAGGUGAAGGGAUGGAACUGGAACGAUAUCCAUAAGAAGGGCUGUACCCAGUUAUGGACUCGCUGUAUCCCCAACAGCAAUUUAGAGACUCCAGAAAUCAACAGCAUGAUCCUGAAUGAGAAAGAUAACUCAUUGCUCCUUGCCGGGGGAACUAACAACAUUCACUCUAUGGACCUGGAGAGUGGAACCUUUACAAUGACGCUGGAAGGGCACGAGGAUUACAUUCACUGCCUGGCCUUGCGGGAGCAGCAAAGGGAGUGCGUGUCCGGCAGUGAGGAUGGAACCGUCAGGAUUUGGGAUCUUCGAAAUGGCGCGCAGACUCACAAGAUUGAAGUAUACAAGUAUGAGGAAUGCGCUCGGCCGCAGUAUGGGAAAUGGAUCAGCUGCUUAACCACUGACUCAGACUGGAUGGUUUGUGGUGGAGGCCCCAAGUUGAGUCUUUGGCACCUUCGCUCCAUGACGCCAACAACCAUUUUUCCAUUAAAUGAGAGCCAGCAACAAGUCAUGUUCUACCAGGACAUGAUCCUGUGUGCUGGCCAGGCCCCAUUUGUUAAUCACUGUCAGAUAAAUGGGGAGAUCAAAGCGCAGAUUCCCAGCACCCCUCGCUGUGUUUAUUCCCUGAGCGUCAAUGAAUCAUCGCAGGAAAAUAAGGUUCUCACAGCAGCUGGCAGUGGCCCUAAGAUUGAUGUAUUCACCAACUUCCGAUACCGAGCGUUCUCUCUAACUUUCACUUAACCUGUUCUGCACUGAACAUUCUCUUCCAUCACAUCUAAAUCUUUCCCACAUUAAACACUUUCCAGUGUAUCCCAGUCUGUCCCUCACUGAACAUUCUCUUUCAUUUAAUCCCAGACUCCCCUCCCUCCCUGAACAUUAUUGUUCAUCUAUUCCCAGACUAUAGAACACUGAGUAUCUCUCACUGAACAUUCUCUUUCAUUUAAUCCCAGACUCCCCUCCCCCCUGAACAUUAUUGUUCAUCUAUUCCCAGACUAUAGAAUACUGAGUAUCCCUCACUGAACAUUCUCUUUCAUUUAAUCCCAGACUCCCCUCCCCCCCUGAACAUUCUUGUUCAUCUAUUCCCAGACUAUAGAAUACUGAGUAUCCCUCACUGAACAUUCUCUUUCAUUUAAUCCCAGACUCCCCUCCCCCCCUGAACAUUAUUGUUCAUCUAUUCCCAGACUAUAGAACACUGAGUAUCUCUCACUGAACAUUCUCUUUCAUUUAAUCCCAGACUCCCCUCCCCCCUGAACAUUAUUGUUCAUCUAUUCCCAGACUAUAGAAUACUGAGUAUCCCUCACUGAACAUUAUCUUUCAUUUAAUCCCAGACUCCCCUCCCCCCCUGAACAUUAUUGUUCAUCUAUUCCCAGACUAUAGAAUACUGAGUAUCCCUCACUGAACAUUCUCUUUCAUUUAAUCCCAGACUCCCCUCCCCCCUGAACAUUCUUGUUCAUCUAUUCCCAGACAAUAGAAUACUGAGUAUCCCUCAAUGAACAUUCUCUUUCAUUUGAUCCCAGACUCCGUUCCCCCCUGAACAUUAUUGUUCAUCUAUUCCCAGACUAUAGAAUACUGAGUAUCCCUCACUGAACAUUCUCUUUCAUUUAAUCCCAGACUCCCCUCCCCCCUGAACAUUAUUGUUCAUCUAUUCCCAGACUAUAGAAUACCGAGUAUCCCUCACUGAACAUUCUCUUUCAUUUAAUCCUAGACUCCCCUCCCUCCCUCCCUGAACAUUAUUGUUCAUCUAUUCCCAGUCUAUAAAACACUUGAGUGUCCCUCACUGAACAUUCACUUUCAUAUAAUCCCAGUCUGUAGUACACUAAAUAUUCUCUUUCAUUUAAAGGGAAUGUUCACCUUUGAGUUCACUUUUAGUAUGAUGUAGAGAGUGAUGUAGGGAGACAAUUUGCAUUCGGUUUUCAUUUUUUAUUAUUUGUGGGUUUUUGAGUUAUUUAGCUUUUUAUUCAGCGGCUCUCACAUUUGUAAUUUCAACAAUCUGGUUGCUGGAGUCCAAAUUCCCCUAGCAACCAUGCACUGAUUUGAAUAAGAGACUGGAAUAUGAAUAGGAAGAGUUAUAAAAAGUAGCAAUAACAAUACAUUUUGUAGCCUUACAGAGCAUUUGUUUUUUAGAUGGGGUCAGUGACCCCCUUUUGAAAGCUGGAAAGAAGGCGGCAAAUAUUUCAAAAACUGUAAAAAAUAAACAAUGAAGACCAGUUGACAAGUUUAGAGUCGACCAUUGUAACUAAAAGUUAAAUUAUAGUUCAACCACCCCUUUCACCUCAGAUCCUCCCUCCCUGAACAUUGUUGUUCAUCUAUUCCCAGACUGAACAUUCUAUUUCAUCCCUCAAUGUGCAAGUCCUUGUCCCAUGAAUCCAUGCCUAUUACUCUGUGCAUAUCUCUCAGAUAUUCCCAAUUCCUCCAAUACUUAGCAGCCAGUCACGUGAUCCCAAUCCAAGCACAGGAUUAUCUCUCACACAUUUCCCAUCCUAUCCUCUACAUUUUCCUCCUCCUCCUCCCGGCACAGAACAUUUUCUCUCAUUCUUUUCCUUUAUACCCAGAAGUCCAUCUGUCUCCAGUCAGACACCGACAAUUUAUUCUGUCCCCAUGUUGUUGGGACGCCAGGUAUUCUGUCCACUCUCAAAGGCUUUUUGUAUUUCUAACACAAAACUUACAGUGUCACUUUCUCCUUAGUCCCACGGAUACCUAAGCCUCCCAGUUUCAUUCUCCAGCCUCCGGCCAUCAUUGUGAUAUCCAUCAUUGUGAUAUCCAUCAUUGUGAUAUCCAUCAUUGUCUCCCCUUCUACUGGCCUGUCUUUCUAUCCUUCGACUCUCACCGCAGUCUCCUUAUCCCCCUCUUCUGUUGCUUGAUAACUGUUUCUGUGCCGGCUGAAAAUAUCAUGAGGUUUUUUUUAUUUGUUUGUUUUUUUGUAAUAAAAACUGUUUUUUGUGGUA